AUGAAUCGAUUAAAUAUCAAGGAUGCCACCAAGGAACAGCUGAUUGAUAUCGUAAAGCAACUACGCCAGGAUAUUCAACGAUUGCAGAGCCCUGCCAGGGGAACCGAUGGUGUGGUAAAGAAGCUGGAAGAACAAAUCUUCCAGCUUCAGGCGGCUGUGCGGGAUGGCAACUACGAGAUCGAUGCCCUACGGCAACAUAAUACAAUUCUGACGGAGAAAUCCGCCAACGAUGAGGAGACUAUUAGUAUGCUGAUAAAGCGUUUUGAGACAGUCGGAAAAGAUGGCAAAGAUCCACGAUAUCAAACGGAUGGUGAUUCUUUUAAUGUACAACAUUCUACUGUACUGGGGCCACAAGAUACAAGCAAGCGAACAAGCGGCAGCAGCUCUUUUUUAGUCAGCUCCCAAUCCCCUAAUGAAGACUCCCAUGCGAACGAGCACGGAGCACCUUCGGCUGCAGCUCUCGCAUCCAUGGCGAUUUUGGCGAAAAAAAAUGAGAAAAUCGCGAAACUUGAGGAAAAGGUUUUGGGGUUGAUGGAGAUCAAUGCAUUUUAUUCGAGUAUUGUAUCUCAACAAGGUAAGGAGGAAAGGAUUCACCAGAUGGGAGGGGGGACUCACAAAGCGGCCAUGGAGGAAAAUUUUAUCGACGAUGUAGCUCUAAAAUCACACAUCAGUACACUUAAGGAUCAGAAGAAUACCCUACAAAGACUUGUUAAGCACACCGAAGAUGAAAGAAAGUUAUGCCUUUCUGAGAAUUUCAAGCUUCGCGAGCAGUGUAGCGCUUUGGAAGCGGAAAUCUUAGAAUUAGGGCGCUCCCAACGGGCCCGUCAACUCGCCCCGAGCCUUCCUCAGACGUUUCUUGAGGUGGCCCCCACCCCCAUCGCGAAUCCUCCAAGGAUGACGGCGGCGGGCAACUCAGCGCGUCCUGUCAAAGCCGGCCAGGGCCUUCUUCGAGUUCCUGCGCAGUCCGUGGCCUUCCCUCACACAACCCGGACGGAGGAGUCUGGGCGAUCUUCUAAAUGGGGCUCUUCCCCUGAGACAACCCCCUUUCCCGGACGUGGAGGCCCCUCCGUCCCGCCUCUUUUGGAUGUUCGCGCCUUGGGACGGAUUCAGGUUCGCCACCCCACCCCCCAGAAGCGCGCGUUACUCGAGCGAAUUGAGCUCUAUGAGGCCCACCUUGCAACCAUGCAGGCCUCCGAGGCGGAUCGCCAGGACGCGUUUAACGAGAUGGAGCGCAGUCGGGCGGAGCUCUUUACCUUUAUGAAUGAGCAGCUCGUCCGGCAGAGGGCGGAGAUUCAGAGCCUCUACACGGAACGUCUUCAGCUCCGCGAGGCUUUGAAUAGUUCACAGGGAGGAUCGGAUAAGGUAAAGGAAGACGAUCUUUCGACGGAGGCGAGCCCUAAUUCGGUAGUUCUCCCUAGAGCAUUAUACGAUGCAGAAACGGAAACUGAUGGCUCUCCGUUUAAUCUUGCCCGUCAUGAACAAAAAAAUAUUGAUAGUACUAGUGCAAAUAUGAACGGAAAGCAUUUGAUUGACGAAACGACCUCAUUAACUUUCAAUGAAAUUUACAAAAAUAUGUUUAGGGAUUUACUAUAUCUUGAGGAGAAAGGACGUAAUGAGAUAUUAUUAUGCUGGGCUGAAACGCGAUUGGAGGAUCUAGUAAGCUGGUUUCAAUUAUGGGGACCUUUUUGUGUAUUAUAUUCACACAACCGCGUAUUUGAGGAUAGAAAGAUGGUAACUAAGGAAAGCCUUGUUGCACAGGAGCAAGAGGAUGGAAUUUCGUUUCUGGAAGAAAAGGCUCGAACUACAAAUCCUGGAUUUUCUAUAAAUUACACGCAAGAACUUUUAUCUAAAUCAAAUGAUGAGGACAAGGAUGGUGCACCCAGUGAACUCAACCCAAAACAAACAUUAUUAUUUGAUUUUGAAAAAGAGAACUAUUCUAAAUUCUACUCUGCGCUCGAUAUUUUGCUUAUCCUUUACGGUAAUGCUUUAAGCGAAUAUAACGAGCUGGCAAAGGCGUGUUUAGAUGAGGCCACUAGUAUGUAUUCUUUUAGAGUUGGUAAUGAUGAUGAUACGGUCUGUAAUGAGACGGAUAUGCACCUCGUACGAGAUGUCUUUGCCGAAAUCGAAAAGCAUUCAGUAAAGAAGGAAACCAUAACCCCAACACACGAAUUAGACCUUCUCGGUGCACUUUUUGAUGGACCUUUGCCUUCUUUUCACAACACUGAUACAAAUAUUGAUAUCACGCAUUUUUUACCACAUUCCGAGUUCAAAGAAGGGUGUGAUAAGGAACCUGUUAUACCUUCAAACAAUCAAAUAUUUCUCAACUUGGGUGAUUUACCCGUAGAAGAAGUUUCUGGAAAUCCAUCGAUGAAUGAAAGAGGAAUAAGUGCGGGAAGUAGAAGCAGCAACAGGAGCGUUGAGGAAAGAGGAGAAGUUUCUCCCUUGCGCGUGAACAAAAGCCCCUUUGAGGAGCACGAUAGUGCAACUCAUACUGUGAAAACAAACUCUACAGUAUCCACUGUUAUUACUCCACGGAAUGAUGGGGAUUUAAUUCUUCAACCACUAAAGGUAAUUACAGCCAUUGCAUCUCAGCAGGAAUCCACAAUGAAGAAUGAGUAUGAUAGCAUCUGUGCGAAAAGUAAUUCAUCAUGCAAAAGCGAAGCUAAUGAAAAAGAUAAUACACAAGAUUUUGUUGACGCACAGGAAGACGGAAAUAGCAAUUCUGUUUCACAGGUUAUAUUUACGUCGAGCAGUUCACCAAUGAAUUUGCAGGUUCACUUUUGUGAUGAGGCUUUUCAUACCCCUCUCUCCACUGUGUCGCCUGUCGAAGAAGAAACUAUUCCUGUUAGCCAACGACUUCGUUAUUCUUAUCCCAAUACUCCCCUCCAAGAAGGAAGCCCAAAUGAAAUCCAAACAGGAAUGGAGGGUUCCAAUAGUGGUGCGGAUUAUUUGACUACUUCUGAAAAAACUAAUCAAGGGUUACUACAAAAUAGCUCACUUUAUACUGUGUUAGAUUCAGAUUCCAAUGUUGAUAAGGCAGCCCCACAAAAAGCUACGAUAUUAGUGAAAGAGGAAAAGACACCUCCACAAUCUUACGCAGUGACUCUUGUCAGAAAAGGGGAAUUCACUGAAACAUCUUCUUGUAGUUCUAACGAUACUGACAAUGCAAACUUCAAAGCAGAGUUUAAUCCUUUCGCAUAG